UUUUUUUUUUUUGUUAUUUUCAUAAUUAUUUAUUUUUUUUUUCUCUUUUGAAUAUUCCAUUCAUUUAUUAUUAUUAUUAUUAUUUUCUUCUUUUUUAUAUCCUCAUUUUAUGUUCACCAAGUGUAUAUAGAAAAUAAUAAAGAAAAUUCAUUAUGGAUAGAAUCAAUCAACACAUGGAUUCUUUAACUAUUGACGAAAGGUUUUCAGCUACUAAAUCAACACCUUCAUCACCUGAACCUAGAUCAGCUACUCCCAGAUUAGAACGUAGUAAGACUAGACCCAAUCUUCCAUUCCCACCACCUCGUCGAGGUCCAUCUGCUUCAAUCUCUUCUUCUUCUUCUUCUUCUUCUUCUCGCAUCACCAACAUCAAUGGUCUACCUCCUCUUCCAAGAUCUCCAGGUGGACUUUGUCGUUCUAAUUCACAACCUAUCACAUCAACUCGUCGACGACCGAAGCUCAAUCUUGCUCAAAUGGGUGUUUCUAUCAAACAAACUCCUUUUUCAAAUUUGUCAAAAUAUGUCGAUCCAUCUGGUAAAUUGAAUUUCGCAGGGAAAGCUAUUAUUCAUGCAGAAGGUGUGGAUUUCAGUAAUGGAAAUAGUUUUAAUAUUCGAAUGGAUGAUUUGGUCUUGGAAAAGGAAUUAGGUCAUGGACAAUAUGGCACUGUACAAAGGGUAUAUCAUAAAAGAACCAAAGUGGUGAUGGCCAUGAAAGAAAUACGUUUGGAAUUAGAUGAAACAAAAUUACAACAAAUCUUGAUGGAAUUAGAUAUCUUACAUAAAAGUACCAGUGAUUAUAUUGUGGAAUUCUAUGGCGCUUUCUUUAUUGAAACUUGUGUCUACUAUUGUAUGGAAUAUAUGGAUGCUGGCUCUUUGGAUCGACUCUAUGGUGAUGGGAUACCAGAAAAUAUUUUGGCUAAAAUUGCUAUCUGUAUGGUCAAAGGAUUAAAGUUUUUAAAAGAUGAAUUAUCCAUUAUUCAUCGAGAUGUUAAACCAACCAAUGUCUUGAUGAAUCUAAAAGGUGAUGUCAAAUUAUGUGAUUUUGGUGUAUCUGGUCAAUUAGACAAGUCAUUAGCAAAGACCAAUAUUGGUUGUCAAAGUUACAUGGCACCUGAACGCAUUAAAGCAUCAAGUAAAUAUACAGUAGCCUCUGAUGUAUGGUCUCUCGGUGUAUCACUUUUGGAAAUGGCUUUGGGUCGAUACCCAUACAAAUUUGAUAAUAUGUUUGAUCAACUCAAGGCAAUCACUGAUGGACCUCUUCCAGCAUUCCCUUCCUCUUUUUCAAAAGAAGCACAAGACUUUUUAUCACAAUGUUUACAAAAAGAUCCUUUCAAACGGCCAUCUUAUGCUGAAUUACUGGAACAUCCUUUUAUUCUUUAUCAUCAAGAUGUACAGGUGGAUAUGGCCUCUUGGGUAAAACAAGUAUUGGAGCGUAAAAAUCAGAAUGAAAAAUAGAUAUGAUCUUUUGUACUUCACAUGUAUAAUAAAAUUUUGUAUCUUCUCUUCUUGUAAAAUGUAUCGUAUUACCUAUUACAACUCUCUAUGAUACUAUCUUUUUUUUUAUUUUAA